GCUUCAUUCUCUCGCCGUCGUUGCUAACUUCUUCUUCUUCUUCUUCUCUGUUUUUUGUUGUAACGUUCGAGACGAAAAAAAUGAUUAAGAGGAGAUUCUUUAAGGUUGAUCACGGUGAUAGAGAUGGUUCUGGUAAUUCUUCUUCAUCCUCUGAUGAAGAUUAUGAUAAUAAUCAAGUUGCACAAGUAAGCGACGACAAUGAUGAUAAUGAUAGUGAUGGUGAAGUUAGCUCUGCAUCUUCUGGAUAUAAAAGUGAGGACAGUCCUGCCAAUGACAUUGAUGCAAACUCUGCAGGUCUGCUAUCUAGUGAAGAUGAUGCUGGAACUAUAAAUGAAAGAGAAAUGAUUACUAAUAAAGAGUUUCCUAGCGAACGUAACUAUGAAAAGUCUAAUGUUAUGGCUGAAAAGAAACCCCUACCAUCAGAUAUACCAUCCUCUCUUGUCUUACAAAUCAAAUCAGUAUUUAAGUGCAGGUUAUGUCCUCGGGUUAUAUGUUUGACUGAGGACACUUUGCGGAAUCAUCUUCAAUCAAAGAGACACGCUCGAUCUGAAAAACUACAUGAGAAAGGUAGACUGAAAGCCAUGCUCAACAGUGAUGGUGAAAUAGAGGACCAAGAGGUCUCAGACAAUGAAGCCGAAGAUGCUGAGAAGAAUGGCAAAGGAUCAAAGCCGUUUAAGAAGAGAUUUAAGAAGAACAAAGAGGCCACAGAGAUGCAAACUGAAGAUACUGAGGAUAAUACAAAGAAGAAUGGCAAAGGACCAAAGCCGUAUAAGAAAAGAUUUAAAAAGAACGAAGAGGUUGCAGAGAUCCAAACCGAAGAUACUGAGGAUAAUACAAUGAAGAAUGAGAAAGGACCGAAGCUGCAUAAGAAGAGAUUGGGAAAGAAGAAAAAUUAUAAUGCAAACUCAAGGAAACAACGGCGGUCAGGGAAAGGGUCAUCCAAGAGAAGCAACAAAGAAUGAGAACUGAAAUACAAUUGUAUUCAGCUUUCUGUCGAGCAAAUUUUCCUGCCACUACCAUUUGCCUUUGUGAGCAAUAUGUGUGCAGUUUAAUUUAUGCUCUACAUAUAGUCUUUUUUAAACUCCCUUCCCCUUCUCUUAAACAAUUUCCUGCUUUUCCUUUCCAUUUGGAUCGGGAUCGUUUGCAACUGCCCCGUCUUGUAAAAGAUUAUUUAUAUGAUAUAUUGACGUUAAAUUUUGCUGUGUUUUGGAGAUGAGAUGUUGAAUUGGAUCACAUAUACUGAACUAACAUGACAUAUUCCAGUCUAAUGCCGAUUGUAAGCACUUCAUCUUCAACACCAGUGAUCAAUUCUAGAUUACCCAAA